AUGACUGCCCCCUGCUUGAUUCUCCUCUGCACCACAUUGGUCAUGGCGUGGUUGGUCAUGCCACUCGUGGCCCUGGCCAAGACCUCCAUACUCGUCUACUCGAUCGCUAGUGUGGCAACACCGCACCGGCUCCGCUUGUGGCGGUUCGUGCUGGUCGGCUUCGGAGCGUUCCUCAUCUCCCUGGUGCAGGGUCUCCUAGCGGCAGCCUGGAUCGUCUACGCACCAGUGUGCCUGUUUGCUGCCUUCCUCUACUCCGCUCCCAACGUCGAGUACCGGAAGAGGGGCCUGAAUGCGCUGUGCUGCUUGAUCGGUGCCUUCGCUUUGGCGGUGGCUUUCCUCUUGCUCUCAGGCGCUAGCUUCACGGCGGAGCAGGAGAAGCAGGUGAAUAUUGCUCAAGUUUGCUUGGUGGUGGGUCAUUUGUGGCUGUUGGUGUUGGCUCUGCUCUUCCUGUUCUACACA